AUGAUAUGUGUAUUUGGACCAGGAAAAGCACAGACGACGAUUCCGUCGCAGCCGGCCACCGCCAUCAAGCACUGCCACAUCCAGGAAGAAACGGUGGAGGAGUUCACGAGAAAUGGUAUUGAUCCACUCACUGUAUCACUUUACCAGAUGGACUUGGACAGGAUACUGUUUUUAUUGAGAUCAUAUCUUCGGACUCGUCUCCAGAAGAUAGAGAAAUACAUGUUUCACAUCCAAAAAGCUACUGAACUCUGGAAUCGGCUAUCUAAGCAAGAACAAAAUUUUGCCAAAAGGUCCAUUGAAGAUAUUGAGCAACAUUUUGAACAAUCUGUUCUGUCAAAAUUGCCUGAUCGUUACAAGUCCCAUCUGAAGCAAUCUGUAACAAGUGAAGAGGAUGACAUGGAGCCACUGCUGGACACCUAUGUCAUCUGCAGAAGCAAGAGAUUCUUAGGAGCUUUCCAGCUUGACGAAAGGCAACUUUUUUAUUCAUAG